AUAAUAAAGGUACAAAGUUUCUCUCAGAGUCAGAAUUAAAGUUACCAAAAUCACUUAAAGACAUGUUGUUGAAAUUGGUGAAGAAAGUGAAUUGGGAUAAAGAGAAACGUACAAAAAUUCAAACAGUUGGAAUAAUUCAUGCUGACAAUCCCAAGAGGUACAUCUGCAGGCUUCAACGUGGUGAAUUGAUGGAAGUUCCAGAUAAUGAAGAAAAUUUUCCUUCCAUUCUUACAAUUCUCGCAUCUGUUCUAAACAUAAAGUUAAGUCAAACAGAAAAUGCCGAGCUCAAGAAUGAAAUUGCAAAAUUAAAACGAGCUGUUAAGAAUAUUGAAAAGCAAAAUCGAAUAGAUACUAAUGAUUUAAAAUCUUCAGAAUAUUCCACUCCAUUACCUAACAAGAGUUGUUCAAAUGGUGAAAAUGCACAGAUUAAAAAUUCUUCAACUCACCAUGAAGCAGAUAAAUCUAUGACUAGCACUGACUUAGUGGUUAACACAAUUUCCGAUGCAUCUAACCUUAGUGAAACUUGCUCCAGAAAAUCUAAAUCAUUAGAAGAUAAAGAAAUUGAUGUCUUUUUAGAUUCAGAAAAUAAAAAAAGGGUUAGUAAUGAGAUAAGGCAGAGGAAUAAGGAAAAAAAGCUAUUACGUAGUAAUGAAGUUUCCAUUUCUCAGGAUCAAGACUUAUCUUUAAUUAAUCAGGAUACUUCAACAGAAUCUGAAAAGACAAUAACAUCCUCAUCAUUAUGUGAUGCAAAAACUGUGACAAAAUAUCACGAUCUUAACAAUUCUGACACUUCCUCCGAAAUGCUUGAAUCAGAUGAUCAAAUCGUAGAAGGUUUAAUACAAGAGAUAACUUAUCCAGGUUCUUUGCAAAGUUUAUCUGACUUAUUUGAUAAAGCAAUUAAAUUGGAUCAAAAACAAAUUUUGUGCUGGUAUUAUUAUUCUCUGGAAUUCGAAAAUAAGAUGACUUCAAAAACCAUGACAAAAUGUCACGAUCAGACUAAUUCCGAA